AUGCCGCAAAAUCAGGACGUCUACGUCAGAGUUGGCCGAGGCGGCGCAGGCAACUUCCAUUCCUCCAAGCCAAACCCCAGCAAGGAUGCAAACAAAGACCUCGAGGCAGCCAAACCGCAGCAGAUCACCCCGCCGAGCCCGCCCCCUCCCUCGUCCCUCGCCCGCGCAGGCCGCGGCGGCGCAGGCAACUACGCCGACAGCAGCGCCUCUUUCAAGAAGGAGCAGGAGCUGGCCGGGGAGACCGUGAAUGCCGUUGCGGCCAGCGCGGCGGCGCACCCUCGCGGGGCCCUCCUGGGCGGUCGCGGCGGGGCUGGGAACUGGAAGACGGACGAGUCGACGGCGCGGAAGCUGGACGAGGAGCAGCGCAUCGGCCUGGAGAUGGAGAGGAAGGCCAUCGAGGCGGUCAACGUGGAGCUCAAGAUGCCCGAGAAGGCGCACCACGCACCGCUCACCACGAAAUGA